AUGGCUCCCAAGGCUUCUAACAUUGGAAAGGUUGCACCACGUACAAAGUCUUCCUCGCAACAGCCCAAAAUUAAAGUGUGUGUUCGUAAACGACCUUUAAAUCGUGAAGAAUUGGCUCGUCAAGAACAGGAUGUAGCUCAUUUAUCAGAUAGUAGGACAAUUCAAAUUCAUGCAUCUAGAAAAAAGGUAGAUUUGACCAGUUACGUGGACCAACAUUCAUUUACAUUUGAUGAGGUCUUUGAUGUGAAUACAUGUAAUAGAACAAUCUAUCAAAAAACAGCAAAACCGUUAGUCGAUUACAUGUUUCAAGGUGGAAAAUCAACUUGUUUUGCCUAUGGACAAACAGGAUCAGGAAAGACAUAUACCAUGCUAGACGCCAAACACGGGCUCUACGUACAAGCCACGGCUGACAUCUUUCGACUCCUAGAAACCAGCGACUACGGUCAUUUGCAAGCCUGGGUAGGCUACUAUGAGAUAUAUCAAGGUCAAUUGUACGACCUUUUAAACGGCCGUCGACUUAUUAAACCAUUGGAAGAUGGACGCGGUCAUGUUAAAAUCGCCGGUCUGAAAGAAUACCGUAUACAAUCAUCCGAAACCAUGCUCCAAGUAUUUCAGUAUGGAAACCAAUCUCGUACGACAUCCAAGACUCAAAGCAACGAAACUUCCUCCAGAUCUCAUGCAGUGCUACAAGUCCUUUUAAAAGCAAGAAGCGAGAUCCAUGGUAAAUUAAGCUUUAUUGACUUGGCAGGAAGUGAAAGGGGUACAGACCGUGGUACCGAUAUGAAGUUAAGGAUGGAAGGUGCCGAAAUUAAUAAGAGCUUAUUGGCUUUGAAAGAAUGUAUCCGAGCGCUGGAUAGAGAUAAAUCAUAUGCUCCCUUUCGUGGUUCCAAAUUAACCAUGGUCUUGAAAGAUAGCUUUGUAGGAAAUUCAAGGACGUGUAUGAUCGCCACUGUAUCUCCCAACGGGUCAAAUAGUGAUCAUACUUUAAAUACGCUUAGAUAUGCUGACAGGGUGAAGGAGUUAAGGGGCGAAUCAGACCCUAGGUUAUCCAAUAACCAUGAUAUAAGUGAUAAUAAUAAUGAUGCUGCUGCGUCUGGGGCUUCUGGUACUGAUGAUGCUGAUGUUAAUGCUUCAAACACUACGAAUAAAGAAGAAGAAAAGACAGGAUUGACGAAAGCGCAUGUAACGGAUUUUAUACACUGGCACCAAGUACAACUUGGAGGUAACGAAAUCCAACUGAGGGAAGACAACGAAAUGAUUGCGGAACUCGAGAACCUCUUGGACACCGAGAUAAGUUCCGAAGAGAUACAAAAAAGAUUUGUGGAAUACAAGCGUAAUGUACAACACUUGCUUGACCGAAAAUCGUGCUUGGUUGAGAAUUUAAAGAAUAGGAUUGCUAAAGAAUUGGUGGAUGAGCAUGAAAUAUAA